GAAGGCGGGGUGGGAAAAGGGGAAAGGCGGGCGCAGGAAGGAGAAGGAGAGUGAGACGGGAAAAGCUUAAGUAGAGGAGGCGGUGGCGGCACUGAGAUUUGCCCGACGCCAUGGAGAAGGUGAAUGAAUUGAAAGAGAAAGGCAACAAGGCCCUCAGCUCUGGCAACACCACAGAUGCAAUCAAGCACUACUCGGAGGCCAUCAAACUGGACUCCGUUAACCAUGUGCUCUACAGCAAUCGGUCUGCUGCUUAUGCCAAAAAAGGAGAGUAUCAGAAGGCCCUCGAAGACGCUUGUAAGACCGUAGAGCUGAAGCCAGAAUGGGGCAAGGGCUAUUCCCGAAAAGCAGCUGCCUUGGAAUUCCUGAACCGGUUUGAGGAAGCUAAGAAGACGUAUGCGGAAGGGCUGAAACACGAGCCAGGCAACGCGCAGUUGAAGGAAGGCCUGCAAAAUAUGGAGUCCAGGCUGGCAGAACGGAAUCUCAUGAACCCUUUCAACAUGCCCAAUCUCUACCAGAAGCUGGAGAGCGACCCUCGCACCAGAAACUUGCUCAGCGAUCCAAGUUACAGAGAGCUGAUUGAGCAGCUCCGCAACAAGCCAUCGGAGCUGGGAACGAAACUGAAGGACCCCCGGGUGAUGACAACGCUUGGGGUGCUGCUCGGAGUUGACUUGGCCAGCGCCGAUGACGAGGAUGAAGCCAUGUCUCCCCCGCCGCCUCCACCCCCCAAGAAGGAGCCCAAGGCAGAGCCCAUGGAGGAAGAUCUGCCGGAAAACAAGAAGCAGGCUCUGAAGGAGAAGGAACUGGGGAACGAGGCCUACAAGAAGAAAGCCUUCGAAAUGGCCUUGGACCAUUACAACAAAGCGAAGGAUUUGGAUCCCACCAACAUGACUUACAUUACUAAUCAAGCAGCGGUGCAUUUUGAGAAAGGAGACUACAACAAGUGCCGAGAACUGUGCGGACAAGCCAUCGAGGUGGGGCGAGAGAACCGGGAAGAUUAUCGACAGAUUGCCAAAGCUUACGCCCGAAUUGGGAACUCCUACUUCAAAGAAGAAAAGUACAAGGAAGCCAUUCAGUUUUACAACAAGUCUCUGGCUGAGCACCGCACUCCAGAUGUGUUGAAAAAGUGUCAACAGGCUGAGAAAAUCUUAAAAGAACAAGAAAGGGAGGCAUACAUCAACCCUGAGCUGGCUCUGGAAGAGAAGAACAAAGGCAACGAAUGCUUCCAGAAAGGGGACUAUCCGCAAGCAAUGAAGCACUACACAGAAGCCAUCAAGCGUAACCCUAACGAUGCCAAACUUUACAGUAACAGAGCGGCCUGCUACACCAAGCUGCUGGAGUUCCAGUUGGCGCUCAAGGAUUGCGAGGAAUGCAUUCGUUUAGAACCCACAUUCAUCAAAGGCUACACGCGCAAAGCGGCGGCCCUGGAAGCGAUGAAGGAUUACACCAAGGCGAUGGAUGUCUAUCAGAAGGCGCUCGAGCUGGACUCAAAUUGCAAGGAAGCGGCAGAAGGCUACCAGCGCUGCCUGAUGUCCCAGUACAAUCGGAACGACAACCCGGAGGACGUGAAGCGCCGCGCCAUGGCUGAUCCGGAGGUGCAGCAGAUCAUGAGUGAUCCGGCAAUGCGGCUGAUCCUGGAACAGAUGCAGAAGGACCCCCAGGCCCUCAGCGAACACUUGAAAAACCCCGUCAUUGCUCAGAAAAUCCAGAAGCUCAUGGAUGUCGGCUUGAUCGCCAUUCGGUGAUGAUUCUGAUUCUCUCCUCCGCCCACCCCCGCUUGUUGACAAGGCAGCUGGGACUUCUAGAUGCAAGGGGCGUCUCCUCUGCGAGAGGCACAGACUCGGGCAGUGGGGACACAGCAUCCAUCUCUCGCACACACGUGCUCGUCCCAUCCACCCUACUCGGCACCCGGGAAUCGGCCUGCCCAUUGUCCUGGCCCGUUGCUCUGUCUCGGUUACCCCAAUUGUGAGCUGCCACCCUCUUUUUCUCCCCCUUCUCCCCCUUGCAGUUUUUAAUGCUCUUGCCCAGCAACUGCGGCAUGGGGAGCCUCAUCACUCGUUUUCCCGGUUUCGUUCGGCUGUGAGGCUGCGGUUUUUUUUGGUCCAUCCAAUAAAAGAGCAAAGUUA